AUGCUCCCACCGGCGCUCCCUGCUGAACUAUGGAGAUGCAUCAUUCACUGGGCCACAGAAGAGUCUGCCUGUUUGCUCCCACCCAAUGCCCAGGCUUCAUUUGGCUGGCCGUAUCAUCCAACUUUUGAUGCCUCGUUCUUUCGCUCUCUCGCCACAAAAUGUAACCUGGCCCUCGUGUCCCGUCAAUUCUCAGAGAUCGGCUCGGAGUUCUUAUACGAGACUCUGCAUUUCAGAAGACCGACUCAACUGAUACUCCUAGCUCAGCAAUGCAAGUCAAAUUCUGCCGUCGUCGACAAGUUGCAGUCUUGGACGAAGACGCUACAUGUAACGCCUGUCUUUGACCCAGUCACAACUGAGGAAGAUGUUGAGGAAAUUGAAGAGUUUCUGCGAUCUAUGCUAGAAAUUAUACAGUUCUGUCCUCGACUACAGAGCGUUCUGGUACAAGCGGAUAGCGUCACCCUCUUUCGGGAACCGACAUACCAACCUUGGGUAUUGAUCCUCUCGCUUCUCCCAUCAGGGUUACACCAUCUUGCUGUCGAGAAUUUCUUGCUAGGACCGGUCUCCUGGAAUCCACCACUAUUCAGCUCAUGGGGCACAAGUUCAGUGCUCCGAACACUGCGUCUGGAUGCGCAUCACCCGCCUUUUGAACAUCACUUCCCACACUUGACGCACCUCUGGUUAUUCUCCUGGUCAUCGGCGAGCCAGUGGGACAUGCCUGCUCUAACCCAUCUUUACAUUGAUUAUUUUCCUGGAAACGAAACGACAGCAACCUUCUGGUUAGAGCCAAAACCUUGUCUCAAGCUCUUGCAUUUCGGUGGCGACACGGAUUUUGGGCUGUACUAUCCUGAUCUUCCUCAACGAUUACAAGAAUGUACGCCGAACCUCAAGAAACUAGAAUAUCACUGUUCUGGAGACCUUGACGUACGUUGGGACCCAAAUUCCUUAUCAAAAUCAAUCAAAGAGGUAACACUCAAGCUUGAAGAUGGUGAAUUCGGUGGCAUACACCGGGAUUCACCUUUAUCGCGUGAAGAUAUUUUGUUGCACUAUACUGCUGCUGGGUUCGAGAUUUUACUGGAAUUGUUGACUGAAUUAUGUCCAUCGGGAGCGAGUAGGUGGAUGAGGAUUGAACGCCACUUGGAGAAGUAUAGCCCUCAUCCUGCGAAGUUGUGUGUGCUCCUGCCAAGACGUGCUGCUAUUUUACUUCAAAAUAAUGAGGAUCCGCCUCCUCUCAUACAAUCGUCUCGCAUUCCGAUCACGCCUCGGUAG